AUGAAUAGCAGCGAUAAAGCCUACAAUAUCAGCAGCAUAGGUAGCUACAAUGCCCUGGAGGAACUGAAAGUCGUCAGCACAAGGAAGUCUGAACCCAACAACUAUCCAGAGCUAGAUUUCAAGCUUGAAUACCGCGAUCUUACGAGUGCUAAAUUAGCUACGGUUACACUGCGGUCACUCAUCAUCAUCAACUUUGAGACCCGUACCCUGUACACUAUCCGCGCUAAUGAUACCUACGACUUGGAUUUCCCCGAUGCAUUACCAAAACCCAACAGUUCGAUUCUCAGCAUUCUGGGUCGAUGUCCUUUACUAGAAAACCUAUGUAUAUCAUUCGACCUUAGUUGUCUUGAUGACAGAACACGUGAGGACGGCAUCCAAGAGACUCUCCUAGACCUAUUCAAUCUAGAUCACAUUGAUGAAUGGGUUUGUACUUAUCGUAAUUUCGUCACAAAGAUGUACGAAUACUGUCCUAGGCUAAGUAUCUAUGAUCUGUCAUCUGAACACUGGAUCGAAAUGAUGGAUCGAUAUGGGCCUCAGUUGGGAUCGCUUAAUGUGUGUGAUAUCCGCAAUUUCACAGCUAGAUCGCUCUUGACCUUGAUAGGUCCACCCAUCAAUCAUCCUAUCCGAAUGGCAUCGACCGAAAACUGGCACGGUCUGACAUCGCUGAAUGUCAAUGGCAAUCAUCAGCUGAAAAAGGGCGCCUUCAUGAUCUUCAGACACUUGAGGGCACUCAAAGCUCUGCAUGCUCGAGAAAUCUUCCUAGAUGGAUCUUUUCUGAUUGGAUUUGAUUGGGUAUUCAAGGAUAUAGAGAUACUCGAGAUCCAUGUGGCAUUCCAAAACAGCAUGAAGAGCCUGACCACGGUUGUCAAAACUACAACUGGAGUGAUGAUGAAGGUUGUUGGUAUCAAUGUGAGGAUACCUCGCAUAAUCAUUUUCCAGAAUUUCAGGAGAGUUAUAGACCAAGGUGGCGGUCUUGCAGUGGCAUUUAUGUAG